UUCCGUUGGCAUCUCAUUAAGUGGUCGAAUUAAAAGUUGACUAGUUAUUGUAAACAAGAAGACGUUGAUACAAAUUACCAGUAUUUCCCCGAAGAAAUGGCGAUAUUAUUAAGAAAAUUGUGAGCGAAAACCAAACAAAUGCGGGUCAUUUUACAGAAUAAGAAAACACAGCAGAAAAACAAGCUGAAGAAAAAUUCAGUUGGUCGCAUCAAUGAUACAAACGGAAAUUAAUGUGUCACACGUACAGUGAAGUUUUUUCUUCAUCUAGUAAACAAAAAACAAAAUUUAAAAAAUGCCAAGAGCCGAUAUGUCCUGAAAACAUUUUUCUCAUGUUUCAAGUUGAAAUUAAAAAUUCUAUCACUCUUUCAAACUGACAACUGACCAGGAACCAAAUAUUUGACCUUUAUCAUUGCGGGGUUGGACUACAGGUAGAGCAACGGUUCUGCGCGGGACACUUAUUUAUCGCUGGCAGUUAGUUUAGACUUACAUCCUUACGCUUCUGUAAGGCGUUGACGUUUUCCUCGAGAAGAAACUCUCCGUUCCAUGUGAUGGCUUAGAAGGGUUAUUAAUGUCACAAAUAUAGUUCAUACUUGCACACAGCAGGAUACUCUUGUAGCAAUAUUCUACUCAUCGGGAAAUAUUUACCGUAGGAUUUAUGUGUAAAUUAUAUACUGCACUUGCCAUUGUGUGUAUAUUUCUGUGGAAUAUAGAAUAUUUAUCCCAGUGUAUAUGCAUGCGUUUAUGAACAGGAGGAACACAGAUUUGUUUAUACCAAAGGGAGUUUACUACGGUGUUGUGCCAUAUCUGGGAUCUUACUAUAAUAUCUGGAAUUAUACGAUAGGCCGGGAAUAUCAUAUGAGCCUUGUCCAUGGCUCAAAGGUUUGAAAAUGACCUCCCGGCACACUACCCCGGGGGUGGGGGCUUGGGAGGGAUGCCGGACGGUAUGUACGAACGGUCCCUCCCAAACCACCCCCUUCAUCAACAGUCAUCGAUGCAUCACUACCCUCCAUACUCUACCAACAGCUCCAUGCCCCCCGUCAAUUCAUCUCAGGACUCGCAGUUAAAAAGAGAUAAGGACGCGAUUUACGGGCAUCCAUUAUUUCCAUUAUUAGCGCUCAUAUUUGAAAAAUGUGAGCUAGCGACAUGUACCCCUCGAGAACCCGGCGUGGCAGGCGGAGACGUAUGCUCCUCCGAAUCUUUCAACGAAGACAUAGCAGUUUUUAGCAAACAAGUUUUAGCCCGGUCAGAAAAACCCUUAUUUUCCGCGAAUCACGAGUUGGAUAGUGUGAUGAUACAAGCCAUACAAGUGUUACGGUUUCACUUAUUGGAACUAGAAAAGGUGCACGAACUCUGUGACAAUUUCUGUCAUCGUUACAUCAGUUGUUUAAAAGGGAAAAUGCCGAUUGAUUUAGUGAUAGAUGAACGAGAAGGAGGAAGCACCACGUCCAAAUCUAGUUCGGAAAAUCCGCCGGAUCCGUCGGAAGGGGUGGACCAGCAGCGUCCUCCCUCACAAAGCCUGACCUUUGGGCCACAGGAAGACACACAGUCCUCACGGUCGGGAGACACACCUAUCACACCUAGUCAAUCAAAUGCAACAUCAAAUUCAUCUCACAAUGCAGACAACAUCAGCGAAUCAGGGGAAGGUCUUGACAACAGUGUCGGAUCAGGGGAAGGAACUGCGGAUGAAGAUUCCGAGGAUCGUACCUCAAAACGGCAGAAAAAAAGGGGCAUUUUCCCUAAAGUGGCAACAAAUAUCAUGAGAGCCUGGCUCUUCCAACACUUAACACACCCUUAUCCCUCAGAAGAACAAAAAAAGCAGUUGGCCCAAGACACGGGGUUGACUAUUCUCCAAGUCAAUAAUUGGUUCAUAAAUGCCAGAAGAAGAAUUGUUCAACCCAUGAUUGACCAAUCAAAUCGAGCAGCUCCAGGGGGUCAUGGUGGUUACAGCCCUGACAGCAUGGGCUGGGAUGGGCAGACAAUGGCCCACAUGGGCUCACACAUGUUGCAGGCUAGACCUGGAGCAGACAUGUAUGACCCAAUGAAAGCAGGCUAUCACCACAUGGACAGCUCCCAGAGAUAUGACAUGUUAGGUGUCCAAGGAAUGGGCGAUAUGUACGGUGCACCCCCUGUUAGUGGCAGCAGUUCAUAUUCCCAAAUGUCACAGUUACGUCCGCCUGUACACUCACAAGCUAUGUUAAUCCCUGGCCACCCACAUCACAUGAUGAUGGGACAUGGGGCCACAGGAAUGAGCCCCCACGCAAUGUCAAUGAGUUCCACCCAGAGUCCUCCUCUACAUGGCAGCAUGGACAGUAUGGGUGCACAUAUACAGGACAUUCAUGCAGGGUAAAUCCCAUGACAGUGGCCCCUCAUGACAUCAAACAAAAAGUAUUAGUGGAAGACAGGACUUCCUUUUUCACCGCCUAUCAGUACAUUUGAAACAAAAAAAAUAUGAUUUAAAGAAGAAUAAUUUGGAGUUAAAAACAACAAAUUAUUUGGACACGAUUUUUUUUUUGAGAACAUGAUAAUGAGAAAAAACGUCACAGUGAUCUCGGCGUGGUAAGUGGAGGAAUGAAAUUCCUGGUCUGUGGAACUCAGUAUGCUAGUCACAGACGUCAGUGUCGCUCGUCUGGAUUGGACAGAGGCCGACUGACGUCUCUGCUUCCUCUAUGUAUUUCUCAAUGAUCUGGAUGGACUUUUACUCGCAGUAGGUGCAAGAAUCACUUGAUUUUUCACAAGUAUUAGGUGCUGGUUAUAACAGCAUCAGAAAAUUUUGUUUUCCAAUAAAGUAUUAUGUUUUGGGGGCAGAUUUGAGCUGCCUUUUUUCUUCUGUGUCACUGAUGACAUUGUCACAUGGAUACCUCAUCUUGUAUGCUAUAUAUAUAGUUUAUGGCCAUGACUAAUUGUAAACAAUAAAUUACAUGCAUUCCAUUUCUUUAAAUGUGGUACUGGUUAUGGCCAUUUUGUAUUUUGUUUUUGUGUCUUUUUUCUCCCUCUCAAAACAAAUCAAGUGUUAUUUCUUUUAUCAAUUGAAGAACAAAAUACUAAUGAUCAAAGGACCAGAGAUGUGGCCGUAUAAACCAAUCAGAAAUAGAGAACUGAUCAUUACAGCCAAUCAAUUUGAAGCUUUAAUAUUACCUCAAUAUUAGAUUUCUGUUGUAAAAAUAUGAAGAUUUGUUCAUUUAGAUGGUUUUGUAUUUAAUAUGGUGCAUGUUUGAACAGAGAAGUAUUUGGUGCAUAUAAUGGAAAUGUAGAACUGGUGUGGUCAGGGUGAGAGAGAGGCUUGAAUCAAGUGAUCGAAUUUUGUUUUUCUUUUUUUUCUUCUGUUUUGUUUGUUUAUUUUUUGUAAUUGAGUAUUAAUAAAGAUUUGAUUUGUUGCCAAGUAACACACAAGGUUGUAUUUUGUUUGGUCAGUAUCGUGAACAUUUUUUGUGCAAGACUGUUUCUUCUAAACGAUCAGGACGACCUGCAUGGCCUUCAGUUUUUUCUUGGAUCUGCCUCCUGGUAGAUGGUUUCUGAUAUGGCCAAAUCAAUAUUUCAACAGUAUUUGUUUUUCUCUUUUUGUUACUUUUUUGCAUAAUAAAUUAUUUUCUAGUAUUUUUUUGAUUGAUGUUGAGUUUUCUUUAAGUUUGCAUUAAUAUAAAACAAUUACAUGUGAAGUAAAGAAACAUCCUAUGGAUAUUUCAAAUCUGUAAUAUCGUGGGAAGAUUAAGAUUGCAUUAUGAUGUACAUAUUAAGUAAAUUCUUGGUUUCACAGAUUUUUUUCCAUUGUUUCAUUUACUGCUGACUGCCCACAAUCCCAUGGAUGAGUGUUUCCAGGGAUACGACAAUCACAUGAUACAGCAACAAAAUAGGAUUGGCCUAGAGUGUGUUCUGUUAUUUGUGUGUGAGUGUCUGAUUGUGAUGGAAGUCUGCUAAAGCUUGGAUGCUUAGUUCUAGGGAAUUUUUAAUGAGAUUGUCACAUAUUUGAGAAAAAAAUUCCAGAAGAAAAAAAUAAAAUGUUGUAUUAUGCUAA